AUGAACUACAACAGCUACGAGACAGGGUACAAUACUUCAUACGGUGCAGGUGGCGGCACUGGUGGAGGCGGCUUCGUCCCCGGCGAGGGAAGCCAGCAGAGUCCAGGAGGACGACGAGAUUACUCCAAAGACAACCUACGCCCCGUCACGGUUAAGCAAAUAAAAGAGGCACAGGUUGACAGUGGCGAUGUGUUCAAGAUUGAUAACGCGGUAGUCUCUCAGAUCACCUUUGUCGGCCAGAUAUGCAACAUCUCGGCCCAAGCUACGCAUACCACCUAUAAACUCGACGACGGCACCGGUAGCGUCGAAGUGAAGCAAUAUAUCGAUUCGGACGCAGUAGACCAGCCAAACCCAAACAAGGCGAAACUCGUUGAAGGCGCCUAUUGCAGAGCCUGGGGAAAGCUGAAUCACUGGAAUGACCGAAGAUACGUCGCAUCGCAAAUCAUUCGUCCAAUCGAAGAUAUGAACGAGGUCUCAUACCAUUUACUCGAAGCUACGGCAAUCCAUCUGUACUUCACCCGCCCGGCGCCCGGCGCUGCCAAUGCAGGCGCAGCCGCUACCAAUGGGGGCGCAGGGCAACAACAAGCGGCAGGAGGUGGGAAUCACGGUGACUAUGACCUGCGUACCUGUAGCCCUAUGGCAAAGAAGGUAUUUCAACAACUACGAGAGAUGCCGCAAACGAAUGAAGGUAUACAUCAACAGGUGAUUGCUGCCCAACUCAAGAUGGAUAUGUCAGACAUAGCGGCGGCGGGAGUCGAGUUGCAGGAUUCAGGUUUAAUCUACACGACUGUCGACGACCAGACCUGGGCGAUACUGGAGCCUGAGCAUUGA